GAAACCCCAAAUGGGCAUUAUGAUUUUUGUGACAACCCAAGCAUUGAUUGCUUUACACAUUUUUAAUUUAUAAUUUAUAAAACAGAUUUAUAAUGUAUAUGUCAGUGACAUAUGUGUGACAGAAGUGAUUAUAAAUGAAAGGAAUAUUCAUUGCAGUCUAGUAUGAAGAUUGAGCUUAGGUUUCUUGACACAGCUUUUCAAAGUCAGGCAGUUUGUUUGAAAGGGCGCAUCUCAUUAACACUGCGACAUCCAGUUUCGAAUGAUGCUUGGAUUAAAUCCAGGUUCAUGUAGAUAGGAACCUGCAAAGUAAUAUCUGCAUAGUCUGUUUUUGUAGUGCAGUUUACAUAAAGUAGAUGACAGGGUUGAGCACUAAUCACGCUAAAUUAACAAGACACAAAUCACAAUAUAUGCACAAGUAGCAAGAGAGAGUACUUUGCCUAUAAAUUUCUGUGUCUAAUUAAUAAUUAAUAAUAAUUAGUAAUUAAUGCAAACUGUAUAUAAGUUUUACAAAGUGGAGUAUAAAGUUCAGAUGAGGUUCAGUGUGUGUAGCUCAUUGAUGGAUGGAUGGCUGUAGUCACUGACUUGCUAUGCAUAUUUGAUAACAUUUGAUUUUUGGAUCGAGCAGCAGCAGACAAUAACCAGACAACGAAGUAGGAAGUGAUUACGCUUUCAGAGAUAGCGCUGUGGAACUGGAUAAGGAUGAUGUAAGAAAAUAGCAUGAACACUGUUCGUUUAAAUGUGGCUUGUCUGAGCGUGACUUCCAGUAACAUUUUAAAUUGUAACCCACAUAAUCCAUCUUCAUAGUUAGAGCGAUAUUCAUAAUAUAACUUUGUAAAAAAAAAAAAAAAACAUUAAUGAAUAAAGCAAAACAGGACAUUAUGAGUUGUUCUCGUGACCGCUUUUGUAAAUUAAGUGACCCCAUGUUUCACAUUUUAUUAGUAAAUCUAACAUAAGAUUUGUUAUAUAAAAUUUGCUAUAUAAAAUUGCUGUCCCUGUCAAGUUUGCUCAUGAUUACCUAAAAGUUCGUCAGCACUGUCAGGACAGUGUUCUGUGUGCAGAUGAUUCAAAAUGUGAGCAUUUCUUUGUGCACUGGAUCCACAACAAAGGAAAACACUAUGAAUGCCAAUAAAUCACAGAUCCACUCACAGAGCCAAUUUCCAAGUUAUAUUCCAAGUUAUAUAUAAUUGUAUAGGUGAAUAUCAAGGUGGCAUGAUCUGAACAAGGCUACACUCCCUCUAGUGGAUCCCUUAAAAGUUCUAGAGAGAACCCUAUGCAGCGCUCGUUGCAGUUCAGAGGGAAAUGAGGACACAGGAGGCAGGCUUGACUCUGUCUUUAUUUCGCUUCUCCUCCUCUUCAAGAGUGCUUUUCAGUGCUGCUGAUAAUUCUCAGGGUAUCUGUCUCACCCAGACACAUAAAUAAACACAGCUCAGCUCUCACUGCUCGAAUCUCAUGCCACACAGAACCCCUGCGUGACCUCUCGUCUUCUCUCUUAUCAUCUCAUCAUUUGGCACGAUUCCAUCCACUGGACUGGAUCUGGCACUCCUUUUUUAGAGGAUCCUAACUGAUAUUUGGCAGCUUGAACAAUCUCCCUGACAACAGCAAACAGUGUGGCAAAAAAUUCCCAGUGGUUGUUCGUGAAGGUUUUUUUAAAGGAACAUAAUGGAUCUGCAGGAAUACUUCAAAAAGAUUGGGUUCAGCGGGGUGUACGAGAAACCCGAUCUGGCCACGCUCCGCACUGUGCACAAGCUGCAUGUGAUGAGCAUCCCCUUUGAGAACCUCAGCAUCCACUGUGGAGAGUGGAACACCAUGGACCUGCAGAUCGUCUAUGACAAGAUUGUGAGAAACCGGCGUGGAGGAUGGUGCUGUGAAAACAAUCAGCUCUUCUCCUGGGUGCUGAGGGAGAUGGGCUACAAAUACACCACACUGGGCUGCAAAGUCUUCAACACGCUCAAAAAUGACUUUAACCCCUUCAAUUCACACCUUAUAAACAUGGUGGAGAUCGAAGGCAAGCCGUAUAUCGCUGAUGUGAGUUUUGGAGUGUCAUGCCAAAUCUGGCAUCCGUUAGAAAUGAUCGCGGGAAAAGAUCAAGAGCAGCCAGCAGGAAUCUUCCGCCUACUGAACGAUGGUGAGACUUGGACGCUGGAGAAGACUGGAAGGAAGCCACUGGUCCAGAAUAAAGCCUUCACCAAUUCCAGCCUCAUUGACAAGCGUGUCACUAAGACAAUGUACUCUUUUCUGUUAAUACCACAUGGGAUUGACCAUUUUCUGAACACAAGCGAGUAUCUGCAGACCAGCCCCGAGUCUCUGUUCACCCAGAAAUCCAUUUGCUCCAUCCAGACCUCCACUGGAUUCAGAGCUCUGAUUGGUUGGACCUACAGUGAAGUCACAUUUAACCCUGAGGAAGACACAGACAUCAUCGAGAUGAGAGAUGUAGCUGAAAGUGAGAUAGAUAUUAUACUCAAGGAGAAGUUUAAUAUCUUUUUAGUUAAUAAACUGACACCGAUUAACAACAAAGCUGCAUAUAAAAUGUAGGACAUGGUGUGUAUACAAUAUGCACAUUUUUAUCACAUUCUAAUGAUCUAGCUGUUCCAGACGUAGCGCAGUAUGAAAUACCUAAGAACAAAUCGUCUUUUUAGGUUUCAAUAUAAAUGCCUUAAGAUACAGGAACUGUAGAAAAUUCUACAGAGCAACUGAGGUGACAUGGCAGUUAUUUCUUAAUGAGGUGUAGCCACAAAUUAAUUCAACAAGGCCACAGCAUGUUGAAGCCAAAGGUUAAUAUUUUGAGGCCACUUUAAAUAUCUUUUGGCCAUAAAGUAUGUGACUUGAGCCCACGACUUAAUAUGUUAUGGGAAAGUCAUACUGAAUACAUGGCCUCCAGUUAAUUAUGUAGCAGAAACGGGAGAAAAAGUCAACUCGAUUUGAGAAUUCAUUCAAUGCGACACAUGCUAAUGGCACCUUCAUGUGGCAACACCACUGACUCAAGUAUGUCUUGA